AUGAUAUAUAGAGAAAAAGGAGAAAGAUUGUCUGAAUAAAUUUAAUCACAAUUAAAAUCAACAGAGAGGAGAAUCACUUUUAAUUAAUUAUUUUCAUCAAAGUAGAGAUUUCAUUUGUUUAUUGGAAUUUCACUAGCCUCUUUAUAAUUCCAAUAUUUGAUUAAUUAUAAAAUAUUUAUGUUAGAUAACUGGUAAAGCAUCAUAAAAGUAUUUUAUUAAAAUUUAUUAGGUGUACUUACAGCUUUUUUAGUCACUGUAAUAAUAAGUAAUUUGGAAUAUAUAUGAUUUAUAUUAUAUUAAAUGUAUAAAUAAGAAGGGUAUUUAAAAAUAUGGAACAUUAUUGCGUUUUGUUAGUUUAUUAAUUUUAACAUUUAUAAUGUCAAAUAGUAGAGGAAAUACAACAUUUGGAUAAUAUUAAAUAUUAUUUAAAUAUUCUCUUAUCUAUUUGGUUUUGGAUUUUCAUUAGGUCCAUUAUUAUUUAUUUAUUUAACUGAAAUAUUACCAGAUUUGGAGUUAGUACAAGUGGAUUAACAAAUUGAAUGUCUGUAGUUUUAGUAACCUAGAUGUUUCUAAUUAUUGCCUUGUAUGA